AACAGUAUUCCAAACAAAGAAGAUGAUGAGGAAGAACGACAUCCCAGCGAUUGUCGUUUUUUCUGUGUCCUUGUUGUUCUUGCUUUGUAAUUUCCCGAGUAUGUCGUUGGCCCAAAAAAGUAGUAAUGGUGGGAAAAUAAUAGGAGUGAAAGUUGGGGUGAUUCUGAACUUGGAGACUGAUUUUGGUAAGAUGGGGCUGAGCUGCAUCAACAUGGCUCUUUCUGAUUUCUACACUUCCAAUCCUGCCUUCACAACCAGGCUUCGUCUCCACACUAGGAACUCCAAAUCCGACGUCGUUGAAGCCGCUGCUUCAGCUUUGGAUCUAAUAAAAAAUGUUAAAGUCGAAGCCAUUCUAGGCCCAGAAACAUCAAUGCAGACCCACUUCGUAAUCGAACUCGGUGACAAAGCCCAAGUGCCCAUCAUUACAUUCUCCGCGAAAAGCCCAUCUCUCACUUCUCUCCGAAGCCCAUACUUCUUCCGAGUAGCCGCAAACGAUUCGUCUCAGGUGGAAGCCAUUGCUGCCGUCGUCAAAGCUUUCGGAUGGAGAGAAGUAGUGCCCAUCUACGUCGACAACGAGUACGGCGAGGGAAUCAUUCCUUACUUGACCGACGCUUUACAAGACGUCGAUGCCCAAGUACCGUACCGGAGUGUGAUCCCUCCGACCGCCACAGACGACCACAUUUCAGCCGAGCUCUACAAGCUCAUGACUAUGCAGACAAGGGUCUUCGUCCUUCAUAUGUUGCCGGAUCUCGCGUACCGAAUCUUUGCCAUGGCUGAGAAGAUUGGUAUGAUGGGUAAUGGUUACGUAUGGAUAAUGACUGAUGGGGUUGCUGAUUUUCUGGGCUCAGCUAAUUCAACUGUUCUCCAUUCGAUGCAAGGAGUUUUGGGGUUGAAAACCCAUGUCCCUAAAACGAACAAGCUUCAGAAUUUUACGGCUCGGUGGAGAACCAAAUUUCAACGUGAAAAUCCCACCAUUGUUAACCCUCCUAUGGUGACUUUCGGGCUUUGGGCUUACGACGCCGUUUUUGGAUUGGCCAAGGCUGUUGAGGAGAUUGGGAAGGCAUCGAACUUCAGCUUCAAAAUGGUGAAUGUUUCGAGUGAUAAUAAUAACUCUACUGAUUUGGGAUCGUUUGGGGUGUCUCGUACUGGUCCGGAGCUUGUUCAAGCGUUAUCGAAAAUGAGGUUUAAAGGGCUUUCGGGUGAGUUUAAACUCGUCAAUGGGCAGCUACAAACUUCUACUUUUGAGAUCAUCAACGUGAAUGGAAGUGGGGAAAGAAAGGUUGGGUUUUGGACGCUUGAGAAUGGACUCGAGAGAACGUUGGGUUCGGGAGAUAAGACCAAAUACUCUGCUUUGAAUACCAGUUUGGCGCCUAUAAUAUGGCCUGGUGACUCUACCUCAGCUCCUAAGGGGUGGCAGAUCCCGGCAAAUGGGAAGACGUUGCGAAUUGGGGUCCCGAUGAAAGAUGGGUUUAAGGAGUUUGUGAAUGUGUCUUUUCCUUUCUCAAACGACACCGUUUCAGGAUACAGUAUCGAUGUUUUUGAGGCUGUUUUGGAAGCACUGCCUUAUUCUGUUUCUUUCGAGUAUGUUCCCUUUGCCUAUGCCAAUGGCAGUAGUGCUGGCACUUACAAUGACCUUGUCUACCAAGUGUUUGAUGGGAAACUGGAUGCUGCAGUUGGGGACAUAACCAUUAGAGCAAAUAGGUCCUUGUACGUGGACUUUACAUUGCCAUAUACUGAGUCUGGUGUGUACAUGAUAGUACCAAUCAAGGAUGAUAGAAGUGGCAAUGCUUGGGCAUUCUUGAAGCCUUUGACUUGGGAUCUUUGGGUAACAAGUGGUUGUUUUUUCAUUUUUGUUGGGUUUGUAGUAUGGGUUCUUGAACACCGAAUAAAUGAGGACUUUCGUGGCCCUCCAUAUCAUCAAAUUGGAACAAGCUUUUGGUACUCUUUUUCAACCAUGGUUUUUGCACAUAAGGAAAGAGUUGUGAGUAACUUGGCAAGGUUUGUAGUGAUUAUAUGGUGCUUUGUAGUACUCAUACUCACCCAAAGUUACACAGCUAGUUUGGCCUCGCUUUUAACAGUCCAACAACUCCAACCAACCAUUACUGAUGUGAACCAGCUCCUCAAGAACAAGGAGAAAGUUGGCUUUCAUCGGGGUUCUUUUAUAGAAGGAAUAUUGAAACAAAUGGGGUUUGAAGAUCACCAAUUUGUGAUCUAUGACACUCCAGAAGACUUAUACCAACUCUUUGCAAAUGGGAGUAAAAACAAUGGGAUUGCUGCUGCUUUUGAUGAAACACCUUACAUGAAACUUUUUAUGACAAAAUAUUGCUCCAAGUUUACCAUGGUUGAACCAACAUUCAAAGCUGACGGCUUUGCUUUUGUAAGACCUCUAUUUCUUUGUUACCAACCCCUGUAUUCAUUUGUCUCGUAUAUAAACUCAUAUAUGAUAUUAUUCUCAACAUGUAUAUCCCAGGCUUUUCCGAAAGGCUCGCACCUUGUUCAAGAUAUUUCGAGGGCAAUAUUGGAAGUGACUGAAGGAAAGAAAAUGAAGGUUAUAGAAAAAUUGUGGUUCAAGAAUGACACCAACUGUGUAGACCCCAACAACAAGUUCUCAUCCAACAGUCUUGGGCUGGAAAGCUUUUGGGGACUCUUCCUCAUCGCAGGUGUGGCUUCAUCGUUGGCGCUUGUCAUAUAUGCUGCCAUGUUCCUCUAUGAGCAAAGGAAUCUCUUGAUGAACUCCGACGCAGAACCAUCAGUUUGGAGGAGAAUUGCGGCCAUUUUUAGAACAUUUGACGAAAAGGACCUCAGUUCGCACACUUUUAGAAAGAAUGAAGUUGGAGAAAGAAGCGUCAUUGACUUGUCAUCGCCGAACACCAACUGCCUGCCAAGUCCUUCAGGGUUCUCAGUCCAUACAAAUUCAAGCUUUGUGUUUAGGGAGCCAGGAUCGUCUUCUCCAGACCCAAAUGGUACACAAACAACUUAUCAAGAGACUGUUGUAGUCUCAGCUGUAGAGGUUACUUACCCAAAUCAAGACUCGAGGGAGAAUCACUACUCUUAGAUUAUGUAUAUUAUGCUAGUAAUGAUGGAACUCUACCUCAAUUUACAAUGGUAGGAUUUUUUAUUCGUAUAUAAUCAUGUUACAUGUAGAUAUAACUCUGAUAUACAUGCAAAUUCUCACACUCCCAUGACAUUACAAGAGAUUAAUUGUUGUUCUUUAAGAUUUGGGUUUGGUGCAAUUAGAAAUUUGAC